AUGAGAUUAGACGGGAGUCUCCGUGGACAAUGUGGUGAGAGCCGAGAGGAAGUUGAAGAGGAACUGGAGAUAGAGAUAUGCACUGGAGAGAAGGGGAAUAUGCGUUUUCUUUUGAGUAACGAAUUGGACAAAAUUAAAAUGAACAUCAAAAGGACAGCACACAUACGUCAGUCUGAAGGUAAAGCUAGAGAAGCAAUUAAGGUUUUUGGCCAUGUGCGUAGGAGGGAUGAGGAGUAUGUGAAUAGGAGGUGGAUGGAGAUGGACCCACUAGGCAGGAGGAAGAGGGAAAGACCAAAGAGAAAGUUCAUGGAUGCUUUGAAGGAAGAUUUGCGGGAGAAGAGUGUAACGGAUGAAGACAGAAGAAGACAUGUCUGCAUCAAGAGAUUAAAAACUACACAUAUAAAAGAUAAUCUUUCAAAUGUCUUACUUGAAUUUGAACUGGUCACCAAGAUCUUCUGCAUCCCGUGGUGUGAUCUCAAACACACCUGA